GUUUUGAGAGAUGAGUUGAGUUGAAUGCUUUGCUAGCUAAUAGUUAGCUUCCAAACUCAAAGUUCUUACGGGAACCAACAGUCUCCAAAAUGCCGACGCUAGAGGACGGGCACCGAAGGGAUUUAGGGUCCAGCUGUUAAAUGUGUUGACUGGUACCUUAUCAAACAGGCAGCUGUUAGGACAGGAUGCCAGAAAUGACUGAAACUCAGACACCUGGUCGUAAACCCAAAAAGAAGAAAAACAAAGAGUCUCACAAUGCAGUUGAGAGACACAGAAAAGAGAAAAUCAAUGCUGGGAUUAACCGCAUUGGUAAUCUUCUACCAUGUUCCCAGGCACUUAAACAAAGUAAGAACAUGAUAUUGGACCAGGCUUUUCGCUACAUCACUGAACUGAAGAAACAAAAUGAUUCUAUGCUUCUGGAAGGAGGAGAUAAAAUUCAAGCGGAGGAGAUCCGUCGGCUGCGACGUCAGUUGGAGGAACUGAGGAAGGAGAGUGCUCACUACAUCGAGCUCCUCAAAGCCCAUGACAUUAACCUUCUGGAGGACCCCACUGUCCAUUGGAAGGGCAAACAGCGCUGUGCCAAAGUGGCAAAAGUGACCCCCACCCACCAGCUCCCAAAGGGGAUCAUUGUGUAUUCCAACGGUAAUGUGAUGUGCCCUGCAGGAAAAGAGUCUAGCCCAGGGAAACAGCCCUCUGAAACAUUAAUUCUUCAGCCACCAUCUGAUGCCAGUGCCAGAUUAAGCGUUAAUGGAGCCUUGCUGCAAGUUAAUACCUCUUCUUCUACCCCUGCACUUCUCCCUGGGUCAGCUGCCACACCCACUCAGUCUACACCAGGCCUGAGAAUGAUAGAGCAGUGUGUGGUUGAGACACCGGCUGCAGCCCCCACUCUGCCACCGUCUGUGUCUUACAUCACCCUUCAGAUACCUGCAGCCACUACAGCCCUGCCCCAGCAAGCUCAGCCUGCCGCCCCAGCCCAGACCCUCACCAUAGCAACGACUUCAGCCCCACAGCUUCAGUCUGAAAGCCUUGCUCUGCCAGUGUCCACCCACCCCACACUUACCCAAACUGUAACUAGAACAAUAGCCUCAGAGGUUUGCUCUUGGGUCACACAGGACACUGCCAUCAGGACUGUAAGUUACACUGCUAUCCCAAACAGCCAAGCCCUUCUUCGGGCUGGGGCAGCUGGCAGCACACAAACUACCUGGACAACACUGCAGAUGGCAGGGAACACGGUGCAGCCAGUCUGUCAAAGUCUCCCUUCAUCAGAGGUCAGCAACACCACCCAGCCUGUCCAGCAGGUGACUGUGUGUCCAAUAGGCAGCAAACCUUCUGUCCAUCCCAUUCAAAUACAGAUGCAGCCACAUGUACCUGUACAGCAGGCACCCAUUACUGGUCAUAUUCAAGCUCAGCCCUUUCAGAGACCCCCCCAGCUACGGCCAGCAGUCCUAAACCAGGCACAGCCUCAGCCUGUCUUAGCCCCCCAACCUCAGUGUGCUGUUCUUCCCCAGGCAGCCAUAGUGCCACAGCCAGCUGUGGUGGCUCACCCUGCUGUUGUGUCACAGCCCCAGCCUGCUGUACUUCAACCAGCUUCAUUGGUUCCCCAUCCUCCAGCAGCCCUCAUCCCACAGCCUCAGUCUCUCCCUCAGCCAGCCCUGGUGCCCCAGCCACAAGCCACCGUGCUGCCUCUCCUUCAGACCAUGCAGGUGCUUCAGGUCAACCCAGCUGGAGCAACAGCUUCAGGUGUAACAGCACCACAAAACACAAACAAUCCAAGUGUUGUAAUUUUGCAGCAGGCCAGUGCCUGCCCUACCCAGCCAGUUGUGAGGGAGGAAAUAACCAAUCAGACACCAUGUCAACACAUUGUAAUAAUCCAGGCACCCAAUCAGGCUGCAUCUGCCCCUCAGAAUCCUCAAGUUGGCAUGGUGCCUGCUGCUGUGCCCGCUGCAGUACCUGCUGUGUCCACUCAAAUACCCACAACCAGCAGUCCAAUGUCUGCCACUUCUUUACAGAGUGUUGGAGGAAAGCAGCUGGUGCACAUUCUGCCUCGCCCUGUUCAACCUCAAGUGAACCAUUCUCUGCAGGUCACCCAGACAUCCUCCUCUCCACCAGUUCCUACAACACCGCAGACUAUCACUGUGAACGGCCAGGUGUUUGCCCUGCAGCCUGUGAAGACCUCUGACAAAGCCAGCUCCCAGGGUGGCCAGAGUACACUUCAGCUGGUCCAACCCACUACCACUGAGGAACCAACUACUAAUGUGGCCCUCAACAGUUUAGGGGCCCUCAGCAGUCUCAACCAGAGCAUCUCUCAGGGCCUGCCUAUUACCAUAUCUAGCCAGAGCAAUUGUCAGCCUCCACCUGCUCAAUUAUCAGUCGUGCAGCAGAAGCAGCAGUCGCCUCCUGCUGCAGCACCCAUCUCUGGAGCCACACUUACGCUACCUGCCCGGCAGCUACAGGUUCCUUGUGUGAACCCAGUCACACCAGGACUGGUGGUUAAUGCUUCUAAGACUCCAGGGAAGAGGCUUCGCACAACUUUGAAUACAAAGAGAACAGCAGCUAAAAGGACUAAACCUGCAAAGAAAAAGGAGCUCAGUCAGGCACAACCUGCUGUUGCUGUUUCUGCCAAGCCAGUAGCUGCUGCAGGAGAGAACCAGACAGUUCAAGUUACAGUAUCGCAAGUUUUACAGUCCUCAACUGUCAAAGUCACAGACAUUCACCCGGCUUGUACCACAGUUGCCACAACUACAGAUAGCAUUAAAGCUAUAGGCAAUGCCACUUCAACACAGAGCACACAGAAAAUGAUUGUAUGCAGUUCAUCUAAUGAGCCAGCUGUACUGAGUCAAUCUCAGCCACAGAAUAAAAGCUCUGUCAGUGCCUCACAGAGUGACUCACUUUUAAGAGAUAGUAACACUAGUAGUAUUACAACUGCAGUUACAACUGUCAGUGCAACAUCAGUCAAGCCAUCAGUUAGUGCAGCUUUGGCCAUUGAGAGUAAACCAGCUGUAGGUCUUGGCAACAACUCAUCUGUAACCAAAGUGUCAGUUCCAGAGGUUAAACAGCCAACCACCAUUACAGCAACUAGCACAACACAAAGUAAGUCAGCUGCCACCACUGCUGUUUCCAGACAGAACAGGUCUGUGGUCAGCUCUGCAGUUGGCAGUGAGACUCGAUACUCUUCUACUACUGUUUCUACUGCAUGUUUGACUCCAGUCUGCACCAGCAGUAUAGCAGCAACUGCAUCAGUACCUUUAAAUCAGAAUAGCCAACCAACGUCAUCAUGUCGUUCCAGGGGAUCUCAUGCCCAAGAUCACCUGCCUUGUAGUAAACCUGAGUCUCAGUCCAUCUCUUCAUCCUCUGUGUCAACAACUGUGGUAUUGUCAUCACCUGCACCAGUGUUUCCUGUUGCCCAAAGUUCUGUUACUGCCCCUACUACAAGUUCAGAGUUUAGGAAAAGAGCGAAUACUCCCAGAGCUCCAUUACAGCAGACUGACGUGAAUAUUCUCCACCACUCCUCGUGCCAUCCCACUGAAGUCAAACCACCCCAGGCAUCUCGAAUGGACAGAGAGGCUCAGGAGGAGAGGCAUUCAACAGCAGCAGAGAAAGAGGGCUUGGUGGCAGUGGCUUCUGAAACUCCCUCAAGAAAGGACUUCGGUCUUUCUCAACAAGUAUACACUAACCUAGAUGAUCAAACUAUGGAGCACCCUAUGACAUCUAGCCGACAGACUGAUUCUCCCAUGUCUACAGGGGCUGGGGUUGGCCGAGGGUUCUCUGUGGCAUCCAUGCUUCCCCAGGGUCAAAGUAUUGGUACAUCAUCUGGCUCCUUUGGAACAUUUACAUUCACAUCUGAGCAGGCAGAGAUGCUGGCCUUAGCCAUGCUAGAGCAGGAUAGUCCUGGGAGGAGAAAUGGAGGCUGCUCUGGGGACAACACUGCUUCAGCUAAUCCCAAUGCAGCCACAUGGGACACCCCCAAACCCCCACCAGUAUCUGCUAGUAAAGAAAGGGGCUCAACUGGGCAACAGGCUAAAGUGAGUAAGCAGAUGGACCCAGGAACUGUUAAACCUGCUGUUGAGGUGUCUGUCAGAGGACAAAUUGGUGAAGGGUCUGUCGGUGGGCCUAAUGCAAGCAGACAUCUACAAAACAUCUCAUACUCCCAGUCCCAGCCGCUUUCCCAGACCCAGUCUCAGAGCUCAUCCCAGACUGGCACAGUGGCUAGCCUCAGUGUUAACAACCUGAUUAGGCCCAGCUCCAGUCACCAGCCCUAUCCUGGCUCUCCUAGUCUGGCUGGCCAACAGGGGUCAGUCCCCUCUCCUGUGGCGACCUCAGCUCACAUAUCCCAACCCUCAAACAAUGCCCUGUCGCCCUGUUCAGGGGCUGCGCAGUCAAAUGAGUACACACCCUUAAAGACUACAUUAAUGAGGGCUCAGGCUGGAGUUAGUGUGGGUGAGCGGCAAGUGAAGAUCAUCUCUAAGCGGCAGGCCCCAGAAGAAGUAAUGUUAAACCCUGGAAAACGACCUAAGCCUUGCCCUCCAUCAGCUAAUGCUGUUAGCCAUAUGGAUGUCAAAGCACCAGACCACAACCAGAUGAUGGUGGGACAGCUGCCAUCCACUUCCUCAGCGGUCAUGACAAGGAUUAAUUCUGAAGGCGGAGGCCCUCUCUUCUCCACAAACUCUUUCAUGAGCCCAAUAGUUCGGUCCACAGAUGGCCACUGUCCUCCACAAGGACCUCCUGAACAGAACCAGCCGGGGGUGCUACAUCUGCCCCAGGGUCAUCCACAGCAUACUGUAACACAGCCUGCUCAGCAUCUGGGAGGAAACCUUUACAUGAAACAGCAGCAGCAAGAGCAACAGAGGCACCAUCUGUAUCAUUUGCAACACCACUUAACACAGCCAGACCCUGCACAGCGCCACUCACUACACCAGAGGGCACUGCAACAGCAGCAGCAGCAGCAGCAGCAGCAACAAGAGCAGCAGCAUGUCCAGAAGAAGCGGGGACUUGUUAGAGGCAGUCAAAGUGGCUCACCUGCUGGCCUUCAUUGCCCUAUGCCUGGUCAGGACCAUAAUGCUAUGCAGAGGAUGAUGAGCUCCAGAACUCUGGAGCAACAGCUCAUCUCUCCUUCCAGCAACCCGGUGUCCCGGUCGUCUGACUUGGCCUGCGCUCCGUCUCGCCAGGAACGUCACCGUGUGUCCAACUACUCUGCAGAGGCGCUCAUCGGUAAAAGUUCCAGUAGCGGGGAGCAGCAGCAACGGAUGGGUCUUCACCUGCAACCUGGCCGUGGUGCUGCUCAGGAGCAGCCAGAUCUCCGUGGUUACCUGGACACAUCACGAGGGAAGGGCAACAUUGCACACAACCCACAGAACCGCCUACCCUCCGACCAUCCAGGGUCCACUGAUGUUCAGCGUGUCUCCGAGUGUCCGCCCUUUAAGUCUAUGGGAGGUGGAGGGGGAGCACAUCAGCUCAGUGGUUUUGAGGCUCAGGUGUCUCGUGGGAGUGACAUGGCCCCUAAGUCAGUGCCUCCUUCCCAACGGGGCCCGCAGGGCCAGCAGCAGGGAGGAUUCAGGAUGGGUGUUGGCCCCCCAACAGAUGGCAGGAAUCGUGGUGGCUACAGUGGGGCUCAUCCUGGCUCACAGGGAGUGCAGGUGGGACCAGCACUGAACCGGGAACAGGAAGGCUGUCACCAGAGUUUCAUGCAAAGCCUCCUUUCCCCCCACCUUCCUGAGCAGAGCAACCACCAGCGAGCGGCGCAGUGCUGCCCCCCAGUCAGCAUGGAGUACAGCUGUGUGCCUGGAAGCUCUUCAGGAGACAUACAGGCCAAGGCCUCUAGCCCCAGUGUGCCCCAAACCCAGAAGGCCCCAGCUAUGCGACUUGGUGAGGGCAACAAGGGCCACAUUUCUCAGGUCACUAGUAAUAUGCACGCAGGCCCAGGUGUGCGAGCAGGUCUCCCCCACCCUCCAACCCCACACAGCAGCUCUGAGCCAGGCCGCUCCUCGGCCCCCUCCAGACCACCCACCGCUGUCAGCCAGCACUCUCGCCAUAUCACCAGAGAUGCUCAGCCUACUAAGCUGAGACCCGGUGACCGGCCUCGGUCAGGUGCUCUGAGACCAAGCAACCCCUUUGAACCUGAGGGCCACCUGCCUCUGCCCUCUGGAGGGGGGGUGCUGCUGAGCCGACCGCAGUCUGGAGGAGAGGCACGGCGCAGUACCAUCGUACGCUUUAUGGCAGAUAGUGGUCAGGUUCCUAGUGACAACAACCUGGUUCCUGACCAACACCUAACACAGAACUUUGGUUUCCCCUUUAUUCCUGAAGGAGGCAUGAAUCCUCCACCUCCCAUCAAUGCAAACUCUACGUUCAUCCCGCCUGUCAGCCAGCCCAACGCUUCCCGUACGCCGUCCCUUCUCCCAGUUGAGCCUCAAAACACUUUACCCUCCUUCUAUCCUUCCUAUUCUCCAGCUGCUCACCCCAGCCUUCCCAGUGAUGUCACCCUUCAAUACUUUCCCAACCAAAUGUUUACCAGUCCGAGUGCAGACAAGGGCAGCGCUCCUCCGCUCAACAACCGCUUUGGCUCUAUCCUCUCCCCGCCUCGCCCUGUGGGUUUUGGUCAGGCCAGUUUCCCUUUGCUUCCAGAUAUGCCCCCUAUGCCCAUUGCCAACUCGUCUGGAAUUACUCCUCACAUAUCUAACUUCAGCCUCACCUCUCUCUUCCCUGAGAUCGCCACUGGCAUGCCCACCGAUGGCUCAGCCAUGCCAAUGUCACCCCUGCUGUCUCUCUCCAACACCUCAUCUGCCGACUCCAGCAAACAGCCAAAUCGUCCUGCCCACAACAUCAGCCACAUUCUGGGCCACGAUGGCAGCUCGGCUGUGUGAGGAGACUUCCUGCUGCAAUUAGAAUGCCAUGGUGAACUGCUGUUCUGGAGCAAAGAGUUUAAGUUUCAGUUUGAAAUGUGUUGUUGCUUUUAAUGUUCAGUGAGUUCAGAAACUUGUGGUGAAGCACCUAAUGAAUGGUGGUUUUUGUUGUUUACAUGUCCUCACAAUUUCAAUCUCAAAUUUGUUUUCUUCGACAUAUGUAUGAUGUCAUGGUUAUAAUUUGUAAUAUUUCAAAAAAUCGUUAGAUUUUUACUGGAACAUGGAAAUUUGGUCCUUUGAAGCUCUUUGUUGAAAUGUUGGUUAAACCAACUGUCUGAUAGUGAAAGAAAAAGAAAUUUAGGUUUAGAACUUGAAUUCAGUGUAUUCUGGGUCCUUAAGAAACCUUCUGCACAGUUACCUACUAAUGUAAUUUACUAACUUAUCAGGUUGUACUGUACAGAAUUUUUCCAAGAGCUAUUUUGUAAAUACCAAUGUUUCAUAUCAGAAUUGUUAGAUUAUGUAUGUAUUUGUAAAUACCAAAUUGAUUAAUAAAGUUUAUAAGGAGACCUUUGUAUUUGCUGCCAACUGGAA